AGUUAAAAAAGAAAAGAAAGAGCAUAUAUAUAUAUAUAGUAGCACAAAGGAGGAAAAAAGGGUAGAAACAGAAGAGAAAAAGGGUGGUGAUCUGAGUUAUAUAUAUGGAAAUAGUACAGACUGGUUGGAGUUGGAGACUGUACAGACAGGAAGUGAAGUAGACACAACAUAAAAGAGUUGUAAAGAAAUGAUAUACCAGAUCCCACCAUAACAAUUACUACAACUCUUUCAAGUCUUAACCCUAGAACCAUUAAUUUUUCUAGAUCUAUCUAUCUAUACAUUUGAUGAUGAACUUGUUUAAUAGUACGAUACGAGAAGAAGCAUCGGCCUCAUCUUAUCACAACCAACAACAUAAACGGCCUAGCAGCAGUACGGAGCUUAUGUUGAUGGAUUCAUCUACUUUUGAUGCAAUGAUUGAAAGAGAACAUAUGUUCGAUAAGGUAGUUACUCCUAGUGAUGUUGGUAAGCUUAAUCGCUUAGUCAUACCCAAACAACACGCGGAGAAGUAUUUCCCUCUCGAUUCCUCUAGUAACGAUAAGGGGGGAUUACUAUUGAAUUUUGAAGAUAGUAAUGGGAAGCCAUGGAGGUUUAGGUAUUCGUAUUGGAAUAGUAGUCAGAGCUAUGUAAUGACUAAAGGAUGGAGCCGUUUUGUGAAGGAGAAGAAACUUGAUGCUGGUGAUAUUGUUUCAUUUCAGCGUGGAGCUGGUGAGUUGUCCAAGCAUCGUCUUUUUAUUGACUGGCGUCGUCGUCCUCAUGAAAACAUAAACAAUCAAUUUAUGAUACCGCACCAAUUUUCUGAUGGGCGGAUCUUUCCUUUACAGUCUUACCCAACAACAUUUUCGCGUAAUUUGCUGGUGGAAGGAGGAAGUAAUUAUUAUAAGCCUUCACAUAGCUAUUACAUGUAUGGAAUUGGUAAUUCCAGUACUAGUCCUUACUAUAGUUUCAACAACAAUACUAGUGUGGCGGUAAAUGCAAUCCCUUUCGAUAAUAAUCUGAUGAAAUCAACUGCUCCUCAAGGUUAUACUAGCGUUGCGGAGCCAAGGGUGUCCAAUUCGGUACCAGUGGUUCAAGGUAAAGCGACAGCAAAGCGAUUCAGGCUGUUUGGAGUAAAUAUGGACUACCCAAUGCCCUCUGAAGAAUCAUCAGAAAAAGGCAAGUCAUCCAUGUCCUUCGAUUUGGAUAUCUGAUAUAGCAGAAUGCAUAUACUACUAGCUAAUUAUGAAGGGACCA